AUGCAGGCCUUAUGCUCCGGUCACCUAGAUCCAGAGGAUCUUGCCUUAGUAAGCGGUUUCAUGUCAGGCCAUAUCUCAAGCGAUGCAGUUUUUCCACCUUGUGGUGCUGUUCAUCCUAGUCUGUGUCCACAGCCAACACAGGACCAUGAUUCUGAAGAUGAGGAUGAUGAGCGCGGAUUGGAUGAAAACUCUGUCCUGAAAUAUGCGACUGAAGAAGUAAACGUUCUUAAACGUGUAUUAGAACUCAAACGUGCUGGUCUGUGGUCAGCUGAUGACUCAUCUUGUGGGACAACAGAAUCUGGCACUAUUGACAAUUCAGCCAGUAUUUCUUCCUUAGCUCCACCAACUGAGCCUACAUGUCGCACUUUCAGCGAUUACAUGUUUGCAGAAGUCAAUUGGCUAGCUGAGGAUUUCAAACGGGAACGUCAAUGGAAAAGGGUCUCUGCUAAGAAGCUCGCACUGACUGCCCUAAAAUGCUACCGAGAGAAAACUGAGAGAGCUUCGAGGAUAGAAAAAGAGGAAGUCAUUCGUGUACGCAAGAUGUGCGCAUUUAUUGCAAGAAUGGUUCGCGAUUGGUGGCGUCAAAUGGAUAAGAUUGUUCAAGCGAAGCAGCAAGUACGACUAACAGCUAAACGUCAGCAAGCUAUUAGUUCGCAUCUUGGUCAAGUGCUUGAAACCACCGAAGAAUAUACUCGUUGGUUAACUGAAGGGAUAACUAACUCCAAAUCCACACAGAAUUCUAACACUAUAAACUCUAUCUCUGAUAGUCAGAAAGAAAAUGUUCCAGUUACCAAAGAGAAUGACCCGAAACCGAAUUCUCAGCAACCAGAUUUCUCUGAUGAGGAAUUCGUUGCAGAUGAAAAAGCAUUUGAAGAAGCUGAAGAUGACGAAGAAACUAUAGAGCAAGAGGAAAAAAUAGCUAUGGAGGGACGUCAUAUCUCUGGGAUGUCUCCAACUGUUGAACUUGCGCAAUUGGAGGCUGAAGCUGAUUGCCCUUUAGAAGAUCUUUUGCCUCCAGGUUACCUUGAAUUCCUUGAAUCAUGUUCUGCUAAUAAAGAGUGUCUUUCAGACAAUGAAUUGAAAGAUAGUAAAGAAGCAGCAGAAGAAGAAAGUGAAGGAACUAACAAUAAAUGUGAACUUUCAGAGGAAAAUAGGGAGAUUAAGAAUGAGGUUAAUACCUGCGUUUCAGAAACAAGUUUGCCAGUCGAAGAAACAGGAGAUAUUACUCCUCACCAUAAAAACGAGCUUGAUGAUGAAGAAUACUCUAGCACCUCAGACGUGGAAUCAAACUCACAGUCGUCCGUAUCAUCUGAGAGCAAUGAGAAUACUGAUGAUGAAACGGAACAAGAAAAUUCAGAUGCUGAAGAAUCUUCUUCGUUGAAAAGUGAUUCUGAAGUAUCUCUAAGAGAACUCGUGGAUCAUGAGGCAAAUGAUAAAGUGGAAGAAACUGUAAACGAUGUCAAUGUGAAUGUUACUGGCAGCAACUCUUCAGAGACACAGCAGUCAUCUUGCCAAACACUGCCUGGUGGAGAAAAUAUCGAGUCUAUCACCAAAGAAGCUGUGAAUGCCUCGUCAGAAGCAGGUCUAACAACUAUAUCCUCCCCAUUCCUUCUGUCUGGAGGGACUCUUAGAGAAUACCAAACAGUUGGUUUAUCGUGGCUGGUUGCUAUUUAUGAUAAGCGCCUAAACGGAAUUCUCGCAGAUGAAAUGGGUUUAGGUAAAACUAUCCAAACAAUUUCACUACUGGCGUAUCUUGCCUGCGAAAGAGGUGUAUGGGGUCCACAUUUAAUAGUCGUUCCAACAAGUGUUAUCCUUAAUUGGGAAGUGGAGUUCAAACGAUGGUGUCCAGCUUUCAAAAUACUGACCUACUAUGGUAGCAUAAAAGAAAGAAAACUUAAGAGAACGGGUUGGACUAAAACAAACGCAUUUCAUAUUUGUAUAACAUCUUACAGUUUGGCAAUCCAGGAUGCAGGCGUUUUCAAGCGUAAAAAGUGGAAAUAUCUCAUAUUAGACGAGGCUCAAAAUAUUAAAAACUUCAAGUCUCAGCGGUGGCAAACUCUGCUUACCUUUAACAGUCAGCGACGUUUACUUCUUACUGGUACCCCACUACAAAAUUCACUGAUGGAACUUUGGUCUCUAAUGCAUUUUCUGAUGCCAAAUAUUUUCCAGUCACAUCGGGAUUUCCAAGAGUGGUUCGCUUCACCUAUCACAGGAAUGAUUGAAGGAAAUACUGAUCAUAAUGAUCUACUUGUUCAAAGGUUGCAUAAAGUUCUGCGUCCAUUUUUACUGCGGCGUCUUAAAGCUGAUGUUGAGCGUCAGCUUCCCAAGAAGUAUGAACAUGUUAUCAUGUGCAGACUAUCACGAAGACAACGUUUUUUAUACGAUGAUUUUAUGUCUCUUGGCAGUACUCAAGAAACACUUAAGUCGGGUCAAUUUCUCUCAGUUAUGAAUAUACUUAUGCAACUACGUAAAGUUUGCAACCAUCCAAAUCUGUUUGAAACCAGACCAAUCAUAUCACCCUUUCGAGUCGCCGAUUCAUAUGUUACCUAUUCUCUACCAAGGUUACUGGUUUCUAUAAGUCAUCCUUUCUUGGUGUUUGCUCCAAGUUCGAAUGGCGGUCAAAGUGUGAUUGGGUCAGCCUCUGCUUUUACUGAGCCUGAUCUAGACUGGUUGGAUGUUGCAGGAUCAGUUGCUCGCCUUUUGGGACAAACAAUGAAUUUAGUCGAAAUGGCUCGGGAUUUACCCGGGUUUGUUGCCAAUCGCUGUCAUCAGUUAUGUGCGAAGAAGGAGUUGAUUACUGUUAUUGACUCAAAUGACGUAGUAGAUGAUGUCAUUUCUCUACGUGUAAAAUUUAACUCAUUGAAAAAGUCACAUAAAUCUCUUGAUGAAUAUACAAAUAAAUCGCCGCUAUUUGAUUUAAAUUGUAUGGACCUCGAUCGCGAUGACGAACACUAUCCUGGUCACUCAUCAGCGGUUACACGUGCACCUAAUAUGAUUCAAGCUGACUUUCCGAAGAAUUCAUGGGAUAUUGGCAUGCCAAAAUCUUGUCUACGUCAUCGUUAUGUUGAAAGACAAAAUAGAUUGCUUUUAAUGAAUCGAAUUAAUGAACGUCGUUGUAACACGAUAUUCACUUCACAGUCAAAUGAUAUUGGAAAUUAUUGGGAUCAUGGAACUCAUAUAGGACCAGAUGUUGUUUUUCACAUCACUCGUUUACUGCGUGAAAAACCUCUUGAAUAUAGUAACAAACGUUCUCGGACAUAUCCAGGUCUUAUAAGUGGUACAACCAAUUGUUAUGAGAGCUUGUAUACUUGGCCGAGUCAAAAUUGUUCAUUUGUUAGUGACGACAUUUCGAGAGUUGAUGAAGCGUCUUGUUUUGAAAUCACUUCCCGAUUAAUAGUCCCAAUAUCCUCAAAAUCCACUAAUUCUGAAGGGGCACUUAUGUCUUACGUAUCCAAGCCUCUUCGAAAAAUGCUGCACAGUCCUUAUGAUUAUUUAAAUGAUCUGCAUGAAAUUCUGAAAAGGUUCGUUUUUGUAGUGCCUGCUGUUAUAUCAUCGGGUUUUAUGCUACAAGUGUCCAGUCAUGCUUUGGAACACCAAGUUGUAAAUCAAGAAAGUCGUAUUCGAGAUAUGUUGUUAAACUCAGGUUGUUUACCCUCGUCAUGUUUCCCAGUGAAUUCAUUUGAUUAUCAAAAAUCUGCCAACCGUUUACCACCUCUCAGUCCUCAAAUUUGGUUGAUGCCAUCAAAAUUGCAUCAGUUAGUCAUGUCCUGUCGUAUUCAGUUCCCUGAUCCACGAUUAAUUCAGUACGAUUGUGGAAAACUGCAACGAUUAAAUGGCAUGUUACGUGAACUUAAGUCUGGCAAUCAUCGUGUCCUUAUUUUUACUCAGAUGGCAAGAAUGUUAGAUAUUCUAGAGCAGUUUCUAGCUUAUCAUGGUCAUCGUUAUUUACGUUUGGACGGUACAACAAAAGUUGAACAGCGUCAAGUUUUAAUGGAGCGCUUUAACCAGGAUCCUCAAAUUUUUGUUUUCAUCUUGUCAACUCGUUCUGGUGGUUUAGGCAUAAACCUAACAGGGGCUGACACAGUUAUAUUUUACGACUCAGAUUGGAAUCCAACAAUGGAUGCUCAAGCACAAGACAGGUGCCACCGUAUCGGACAAACUCGCGAUGUACAUAUUUACCGUCUGAUAAGUGAGAGAACAGUUGAAGAAAAUAUCCUGCGCAAAGCCAAUCAGAAACGAUUCCUUAGCGAUGUAGCAAUUGAAGGCGGCAAGUUCACAACAGCUUUCUUCAAGCAAAAUACAAUAACGGAAUUAUUUGCUGAACCAUCAGGACUUCAGGACUUGGAAAAAGUAAAAGAUUCUGUUACUACAGAAACAUCGGCUUCAAUGGUUGUCGAUUCUGAAGUUUCAUCACAAUCUGAUCCUGGAGUUACAACUACUCGUAGUGGACGACAAGUGCGUCCACCGAGUAGUGUAUCCACACUUUCACAAGAUGUUAGUAUUACCAAUGAUUCCAUAGAACCUGCAUUGAAUACUGAAGCUCAAUUGGAGGCACUACUCGAUGCAUGUGAAGAAGAAAGUGACCGUAUCGCUGCUAGACGUGCUUUAGAUGAAGCUAAAGCGGAUUUGGCUGAAUUCGAUGAAAAGUUACCAUGUGCCAACAGUGAUGCGGACCCUGAAAAUUCUGGUCCUGGUGAUAGUUCAAGUAUUCCACUGGGAGAUGAAAUAGACCCCCUCUCUCGUCUACGCAUCAAUCGCCAACGCCUCGAAGAAGGACAAUCAAAUAGUAAUACAGCAGAAACCAUUGAGGAAAUUGUUGAGCGUGAGCUAGUCGGGUUUGAAUCUCAAUUAAAGCCGGUUGAACGAUUUGGAGUGCGACAAGUUGAAGAACAGAGAGAACAAAUGCUAAAUGAAGAGUUGGACAUGGCUGAUGCAGAACGAAUGGAAUCUGAAAGACUUUGGCGACUAGAAAAGUUAAAGGCUUUACAUGAAGCAGAUGAAGAACGAGCAGAAUUAGAAGAGGAUGAUAUGUUUUACUGCUCUGGGAAAUACGAUCCUUCAAGUCAACUUGCAGAACUUGAACGUUUAGAAAGAAUUCGAAUGGAGGAAGCUAGUGAAGUAGAUACUUCACUUGGAAUUUUAGAUUCUGGACAGAUAUUUGCAAGCGGACGUUCGAAAUACUCUGGGAAGCGAACUUACGACUCAAGUAAAGCAUUGCACAAAGUCACGAAAUCACACACAAAUAGUUCAAUUAAUUCAGAAUCAAGGAAAUUAUCCAAGAUCUCUAACAUGCAUAAGCGACCAAGAUUCGAAGAGAAAAAGCAGUCAACAAAUGUUAAAAUGGUGCAUGAAAAUCAAGAUGAAUCAGACACAAGUAAUCACUUUGUUAAAGGAAACAAGCCUAAGAUACAUCUGUCACACGAUGAUAUGACCACGAAGAGCAAAACUGGAAUGGAUGAGUUUGUGGAAAGAAUGCACUUUCCCCCUGUGGUCGUCAACAAAAGGCUUCAGAGUUCGGAUGUUCUUCAAGAUGCCAACCAUAAUGCUAAAUCCGAUAUGUGGAAUAAAGCAAGUGUCUCCUCACAUGAUGUAGGAAAAGAAUAUCAGCCGUAUCAUGCACACCAACCAGCUGGUGAGAGAGAGCAGUACUCUGGGUCAGAGCAGACAAUGACAGACGACGUAUGGUAUCCUUCCCGACAGGCUGUGGGAUGUACAAUGUCUCAUAAGCGAAGAGAUAGUUUCAGUGUCGAUUUUGGUGUUCCAAAUAAAGCCUUUUGUCUCGAUACAAGGAAUUCCGAUAUUUCUGACAACCACUGCAAUCCAGAAAAUGUUGUACAUGAAGAAAUUGUGGAGACUGACAGUUUUAAUGAGUUACUCAUUCCCAAAACAUCAUGUACAACAGGGGAUGGAUCAGCUACUACUACUAUUACUACUACUACUACUAAUCCGUUUGUACAUAACAAGUACCAAACCCCACCCGAGAUACCUUUUCGUUUGUUAAACCCAACUUCCCCAUCUCCUCGACCUCCUCCAGAGCCUAUAAUCCGUAUUCGAACUUUUCCUGAGGGAAAUCGUUUAAAUUUCACAGCGAAACAAUUGUUAGUUCCAACGGGUCAACCUGUAUUCGUAAUUACACGCCAUAUGACAAUGCCCUCAGGUGAGGUAUAUCAACAACAGUUCACUCAUCCACUUGUACCACCAUCGCAGUUUGAGCGCAUGGUAUCCCAGUUACACAAGCCUUCUGGUAGUAUUCCCCAAACCCCCAAGUUGUAUGAAGCAUGUCAAAUUCGACCUCGAUUAACAGUUCAAUCCACAAUAAUAUCUCGGUCGUCUUUGUUGAACGACUCAAUUCCCGUCCACCCUACAGAAACAGUACAAAUUAAAACAGCUACUAAAAUCCCAAGCACAUUGAAUGUAUCCCCUAAUGUAGGAUUGCAAAAUACGGUAUAUGCAAAGCAAUUUACUCAGUUUUCUAGAUCACCAGCUAAUGGUAUAAGAUGUGGGACAAGCAUCCCUGUGAUAAGAAUGAUUAAUUGUAGCACUAACAAGACAACUCCUCUUAUACGUUUGACUACUCCAGAAAAUAAUUUUGUAAACAAUGAUAUCGUUCAUUCACCCAGCACUCAACCUUCAAUACACACUUCACCUAAUGCUAUUCGGAUUGGGGACGCUGUGCGACUGAUUCCCAAUCACGUCCCCAGUGCCAAAGCUCCGAUCGUUAAGUUGCAACGCGUAGCGUCCAAUCUGACGUAUCCUAAAACUACGAUCUCUCACUAA